AUGCCUCUCAUCGCACAGAACGUAAAUGACCGCAUCAUCCUGGGAUUGAUGACCUUUGGUCCUGAUGCAUCCUCUGGAGCUCGCAUCACAAACUUUGACGAGUUUACGAAGCACCUCGACUACUUCCAGUCGAAAGGCUACGAUGAAAUUGAUACAGCUCGCAUGUAUGUUGGAGGCAAGCAGGAGGCCUGGACCCGCGACGCGAAGUGGAAAGACCGAGGCUUCACUCUUGCAACCAAGGUGUACCCUUACCAGGCCGGAGUUCACGAGCCCGAGUCCCUGAAAGAGCACUUCAGCACCUCCUUGAAAGAGCUGGGCUCAGAGGUCGUCGAUAUUUUCUACCUGCAUGCACCCGACCGAUCGGUGCCUUUCGAGAAGACGCUGGAGGCGGUCAACGAGCUGCACAAGGCGGGCAAGUUCGUCCAGCUUGGCCUCAGCAACUUCGCCGCGUGGGAGGUUGCAGAGGUGUGGAACAUCGCGAACGAGCGGGGCUGGGUGAAGCCAACCAUCUACCAGGCCAUGUACAACGCCAUCACUCGUGCCAUCGAACCAGAGCUCAUCCCGCUGUGCCGCAAGUACAAGAUCGAUAUCGUCGUCUACAACCCCCUCGCUGGCGGUCUGUUCUCGGGCAAGAUCAAGUCAGCCGACAUUGUCCCGGAAGAUGGCCGCUUCGGUAAGGAGGCCGACCGGGUCGGAACCAUGUACCGCGAACGGUACUUCAAGAAGGGUACUUUCGAUGCGUUGAAGAUUGUGGAGGCGGCGGCGCAGAAGCACAACCUGACUCUGCUGGAGAUCGCGCUGCGUUGGACGGUCCACCACUCGGAGCUCAAGACGAGGGUCAAGGGGGGCAAUGAUGGUGUCAUUAUUGGUGUGAGCAGCUUCAGUCAGUUGGAGGGGAAUCUGGCGGAUCUCGAGAAGGGUCCACUGCCGGAAGAUGUUGUCCAGUCGUUGGACGAGGCGUGGCUUGUGGCGAAGGCGACAGCGCCGACUUAUUUCCGCUAA